GGCAAUAUAUUAUAUGGACAUAGGUGCGCGGCGUCUGAAUUAUUAGAAUAUUCGGUGUUAUUUUUCGGUUUUUCGAAUAUUACGGUAUAUAUGUUCCAGUUCGUGUCUGGAGUUUAGUUUACUGGAGUUUAGUUACCAGUUUACUUACUCCUAAAUCCAACUUAAGCAUCUUUAACUAUAGGUAAGCUCUGAUAGCUAUGGAUGAAGCGUGGGGAGCUAAUGAAUUAUCGCAUGUCCUAGACGAGGUUCCUUGUGAACUGGCCGCGGUAUCAUUCGGUGGCACUUGCUUGGAUAGUAUUGGUCAAGUUCUAACCCCAACAAUCGUUCAAGAUCCACCGACCCUGAAUUGGACGACAGAAGAAAACCAGUUUUAUUCAGUUUUCAUGACAGAUCCUGACGCUCCAAGUCGAGAUGAGCCUAAGUUCCGAGAAUGGUAUCAUUGGGGUGUAAUCAAUAUACCCGGAAACGACGUCAGCAAAGGGGAAGAAAUUGCAGCUUAUGUUGGUGCGGGCCCACCAAAAGGAACGGGAAAACAUCGUUAUGUCAUUCUCGUUUUCAAACAAUCUGGUAAAGUUAAUUAUACCGGUGAUAAACUUGGCAUGACUAUGGAUGGACGAGCAGGUCAAAAAAUAGAAGAUAUUGUCAAAAAACACAAUCUAGGAAAGAUUCUCGCUGGAGCAUGCUUUCAAGCUGAAUGGGAUGAUUAUGUACCAGAACUUUACAAAAAGUUUAAGUGACGAGUGGAUAUAAAUCGAUUGCUCAGCACUGGGUUUCCCAAACCUUCCGUUCAUCGACAUCCUUUGGACAUUUUAGAUUAUGAUCAUUUUUUGAAUAUUUAUUCAAUGACCUCCAAACCUUAUGUAAUAGUUCAGUGUGACUUUAUAUUUUAUAACUUGAUAAAAGUUAUCAGAAACGUUUUUGUUAGACAAGCAGGGAUCUCUCCAAUUUAAAAAUUUAUCAUCAAGUUUGAAAUUUUUCAUCUGUCUGUACUAACUUUUUUGAAUGGAGUGGUGCUGUUAUUUUCUCUUAAUUAUUUGCCAAAUUACAACUCUUCCACCCUAAUUUCACAAUAUUCCUAAUUUAAUUUGAAGUCAUAUAAUUAAUGAAUAAUCCAUUACGAUUAUGGUUUCUAAUUUCAUUUUGUCCAUUUUUAGAA